UUGAAAAAGAACGUCAUCUGCCUCAUACAUUUAGCUUUAGCCAAAAUUAGCUAGGUGGUAGAUUCAUAGAUAUCCUUUUUUUACACCGCACUUUUACUUUUCGACCAGCAUCCUGCGUCACCGCUAUAUAUUUGAUGCUGAUAUGGUUACAGUGCCAAACAUGUAUGUAAAAGCCUUAUUUCGAUGCAGAGACAUGCUGAAAGGAGAACUGGUCGUGUGAAACGCUGGCUAGCUUAAUCAAUGCUAACUAACGAGUAGGGGCCGAGAAGCGAAUGUGGCUAACAUUAACGAUAGCUAAGCCUAUCACAACAAGCCCUGGUACUUAAUCACUCCCGCCGCCGAAGCCAUAAGACGGAGGACUGAUAGAGCUAGUACCUUUCGAGCAAAGUACAGUAGGUCUCUGUAGAGCAGAGCCAUGGGUGCGUUCCUGGACAAGCCCAAGACACAGAAGCACAACUCGCACGGUGAAGGUAAUGGCUUACGCUUUGGGCUGAGUUCCAUGCAAGGCUGGCGAGUGGAAAUGGAAGAUGCUCACACAGCUGUGGUGGGACUUCCAGCUCCUGGUAUGAUUGACUGGUCAUUUUUCGCUGUUUAUGAUGGCCAUGCUGGCUCAAGGGUUGCUAACUACUGUUCCAAACAUCUCCUGGAGCACAUUAUCAGUGCAAGCCUAGGGCAGCAAAGUGUGCAUGGCUCCCAGAGUGUUUCAGAGACUUCCACCAGUGACCCAGCAGCAACAGUUCCACCCACAGUGGAGGCUGUAAAAGCUGGAAUCCGGACAGGCUUCCUAAGGAUUGAUGAACACAUGCGGAGCUUCUCUGACCUGCGAAAUGGCAUGGACCGGAGUGGCUCCACAGCAGUGGGCAUUCUAAUGUCACCUGAUCAUUUUUUCUUCAUAAACUGUGGUGAUUCACGUGCUGUUCUUUACCGCAACUCAAAUGUGUGCUUUUCCACACUCGACCACAAGCCCUGUAAUCCACGUGAGAAGGAGCGCAUCCAGAAUGCCGGAGGCUCAGUUAUGAUCCAGAGGGUGAAUGGGUCACUGGCUGUAUCAAGGGCCUUGGGGGACUAUGACUACAAAUGUGUGGACGGGAAGGGCCCCACAGAGCAGCUGGUUAGCCCUGAACCGGAAGUGUUUGAGUUGGUUCGGGCCCCAGAACAGGAUCAGUUUGUGGUCUUGGCAUGUGAUGGCAUCUGGGAUGUUAUGUCCAAUGAGGAGCUAUGUGAGUUUAUAAAAUCCAGACUUGAGGUGUCUGAUGAUCUGGAGAGGGUAUGCAAUGAAGUGGUGGACACUUGUCUGCACAAGGGAAGUCGGGAUAACAUGAGUGUGGUGUUAGUGUUAUUGCCCAACGCUCCCAAAGUAUCAGAGGAAGCGGUGAGGAAAGAUGCUGAGCUCAACAAAUACCUGGAAUCUCGAGUAGAAGAGAUGAUGUCUCAUCCUGGGGAGGAAGGGUUUCCGGACCUGGUGACAGUGAUGAGGAACUUGUCUUCUGACAGCGGCAUGCCCGCUCUGCCACCAGGGGGAGGCCUUGCCAGCAAACGCAGUGUUAUUGAAGCAGUGUACAACAGUUUGAACCCAUACAGAGAAGAAGAUGGGCCCUCCUGUUUCAUUUGAUUGGAUCUGAUUUGGACUACCACUGGUAGCUGUCCUGCACAACUGCCUGAUUCCACCCAAUAAAACAGGACCACUUUUGAACACAAGAUCAUGCCCUCAGUCACCUUUUGAUUUCUACAGUUUUUUUUCUGUUUGUUUGUUUUGUUUUGUUUUUUUUAAUCCACACUAAAAAUUGCUUGCAGCAGAUAUAUUGGUUUUAAAAAUCUCAUGGAGGAUUUUGCUUUUUUAUUUUGUAAAACAAAACGGGCAGAAAUUUGAUCAACCAAGAUGAAGAUCGAUGUGAAAACAGAACUUCAGAAUAUAAGUAGACAAGCACAGUUUUUCUUGCCCCUUGUUUUCCGCUUUCCUUGUGGUGGUUUUGUCCUGGAUUGAUGGAGACACAGGAGUUGCCCUGCUCUGGACUCUUUGUUGUUCUUUGGUGCCUUGCUCAGAACUGGGAGAGAAGGGAGGACACUGCAACUCAAUAUUAACCAAACCAGCCACUUAUGGAUAUUUGUAAGACACUGAACAGACUGAAGUGGUUUCUUGGCUGCAUUUUUUUUGGACUUUUUUUUUUUCUUUGAAGUGUUAACUUGUCUUGCACCUGACUGGCAGCCAGGCAACCAGUUGGCCCAACAAGUGUCCAUUCCAGUCAGCAUGUGCAAUUUCUGGUGCUCAGAAGGGCCUGAUACUCCAGCUGCAUAGUAAAACCUUACCGAACUCUGGAUUUAAAGCUGCCAAAUUCCUUGACAUACAAAGGGUUUCAGGUUAAGACCUCAGAUUGAAGGCCAGAGAGUGAAUGGAGCCCAUCUGAGGCUGUGUGAGCCUGUCCAGAAAUGUCUUCAAAACUAAAACUAAACAUGGGGCUGGAGUGCCUGGCUGCAGGUAGGCAUUACAUGGAGAAGGUUCAAACUGAAGUGUAAUGACUCUUCUUGCACGUCUCUCCUCUGUCUGUUAAAGGAUGUCCUCAUAGCUGACUUCCCACUCUUCACCUCUGCCUCUCGUUGCUUUUUUUGUCUUGUCAUUUGACAAAAGAGACACAGCUAUUAAUUUGCAUUGGCAUUGCCAGAAUCAUAAGCUUUUGAGCCUGCUGUUUUAGAGAAAAAUAGAAAAAUAUAGAUAUAUAUUUAGAUUUUUUUUUCCAUUUUAAGUCCCAGUUAUGCUAUUCAUUGUGGCCUAAUGUGUGUAUGUGUGUGUGUGUGUGGUCUGUGUGUGCAUGUGUGCACACAACUGUGUGUUUGUAUGUGUGCGAUCAGAUAAAAUGAAAACUAAAAAGUUGCACACAUACUGUCCCCACACAGUGGUGUUCCAAAGACAAGGUUUGGGGUUAAGAAUUUCCAACCUCACCUUCCUCUUUCCUCUCUCCUUGAUACAUGCACACACACAAUCCUGCUUGUAUUACAACUUGCCUUUUCUAGCUCAAAAUUCCUGUACAAAGACAAGUAAAUAAAAAUGACCUUUUUAUUUUGGUUGUAAAAAAAAUAUCCAUUAUUUACUUUUAUAUGGUUUUAAUAUGUACUGCUUUACAGAGAACUGGGACUGCAGUCGUAUUAGAGAUGGAUAAGGAAAAAAGACUAGAACAGAAUAUGCCUUCUGCAAAGAGUUUUUUUGUCAUUGUAUGAAAAAUGUUAUAAGAGGAACUUUAUAAAACAGUAGAAAGAGGCCCUACAUGCACAGCUCUAAGCUUUACAAUCUGAGUGGAUUUUUAACAUUGACCUUUUGAUGAUUUGGAUUUAAUAAGGGCAGAUUUACUUCUGUUAAUCCUUUUUAAAUAUGUGUGUAGGGAAAAUGUAUGCUCAUACUCUAAAUAUGUAUUUACUUUUCUAUAGAAACAUUUAAACUAGGCUAUUCAUAUAUACAGAAAUGUAACACACUUUUUUCAGUCAUUCAAUUGAAAAUUCAAUGUGCUUUCUGAAGUGGCAGUAUUGAAAGAGAAUAGGCUUAACAGAGUUUACUGGCUGUUUAAUGCUCUCAUGGUACACUUGCCCUUGGUGCCAUAUGAGGAAUAGGUACUUGAAUGUGUAUUUCUUUUGCAGUAACAUUGUUUUAUUGGCUGUUUUUUCAUUUUUUCCUUCUUGUGGUGGUGGAGUUGAGGAUGGGGUGGGGUGGGUCUUCUGUAGAUGUGCAUGUUUUGUCACUGAGGGAGGAGUGUGUUUUGUGUGAGUGGGAGGUGAUGUAGGGGACGGGCGGGGAUAAUGUUCUGUGGGCUUGUUCAGUGUAGUGGGUGGAAAGGUGAGGAUAAAACAACUGAUAAAAGUGGAGCACAAUAAGAUUACAUAGGCUACUGUCACCUUAAACGUACUGCUAUUGUUCUGCUGUGUAUGAUUUGACAUAAUUCUUAAAUUAUAUCAUCCCCAGCGAGGACCCAUAAACAUGUUUAAGGCUUUACUGCACUGAACAGCCCUCAGUUUUGAUUAAGCUAUAUCAGACACUGGGUUAAGAGAGAAAUAGAGGGUGGGAAAGAGAGAAAUGUUUUUUUCUUUGAUUUGAAUGUAAUUCACCUUUAUUCACACUGCAUGGACUGAAUACAAGCAGCACUGCAGCACCACAUUCUGUCUCAUCAUUUAAUGGCAAGCUCUCUUUGAUCCCUUUGUUUGACAAAAAUACUGUACUUGAUCUUUGUUCUGAUGGAAUAAAACGUUGACUCACAAAAGAGGA